UAACAUUCAGCAAUACCUGAUGACCAACAAUGUGCCUGAGGCAGCCUCUAUCCUGGUGACCAUGACAGAAGUUGACAUCAAGCUUCAGGAGUCAUCUUGUACUCAUCUUCUUAGUUUCCUGAGAGCCACAGUGAAAUUCUGGCAUAAAAUUCUCAAGGACAAGCUUACCAGUGAUUUUGAGGAAAUUUUAGCACAGCUUCAUUGGCCCUUCAUCACACACGCCCAGUCUCAAACUGUUGGCAUAAGCAGGCCUGCCAGUGCCCCUGAGAUGUAUGCGACCUUGGAGACACUGUUUUGUCAGCUGUUGAAACUACAAGCCUCAGAUGAGUUAUUAACUGAGCAAAAACAGCUCCCAGAAAAAUACUGUCUUCCUGCCUCCCCAUCUGUGAUCCUGCCUAUCCAGAUUAUGCUGGUCCCCCUUCAGAAGCGGUUCAGGUACCACUUCAGAGGCAGCCGGCAGACCAACGUCAUCAGCAAGCCUGAAUGGUACUUGGCUCAGGUACUUAUGUGGAUUGGAAACCAUGCUCACUUUCUGGAUGAGAAGAUUCAGCCAAUUUUGGAUAAAGCAGGCUCUGCAGUAAACGCAAGGUUUGAGUUCUCUCGCGGCCUCGUGAUGCUCAUUCUUGAGAAGCUGGCUUCUGAUAUUCCCUGCCUGCUCUAUGACGACAGUCUCUUCUGUCACCUGGUGGAUGAGGUGCUGUUGUUUGAAAGGGAGUUGCACAGUGUUCAUGGCUAUCCGAGCACUUUUGCCAGCUGUAUGCAUAUUUUGUCGGAGGAAACCUGUUUUCAGAGAUGGCUGACUGUGGAGAGAAAAUUUGCUCUUCAAAAAAUGGACUCAAUGCUCUCAUCAGAGGCAGCUUGGGUAUCCCAAUAUAAAGACAUCACUGAUGUAGAUGAAAUGAAGGUUCCAGACUGUGCGGAAGUUUUUAUGACCCUACUUUUGGUUAUAACUGACAGGUAUAAAAAUCUCCCCACAGCCUCCCGAAAGCUGCAGUUCCUGGAGUUACAGAAGGACCUUGUAGAUGAUUUUAGGAUACGGUUAACUCAGGUGAUGAAAGAAGAGACUAGGGACUCCCUCGGCUUUCGAUACUGUGCAAUCCUUAACGCCGUGAACUACAUCUCGACAGUACUGGCAGAUUGGGCUGACAAUGUUUUCUUUCUGCAGCUUCAACAGGCAGCACUGGAGGUCUUUGCAGAGAAUAAUGUCCUCAGUAAGCUGCAGCUGGGACAGCUAGCCUCCAUGGAGAGCUCCGUCUUCGAUGACAUGAUUAACCUCCUAGAGCGCUUAAAGCUUGAUAUGCUGACACGCCAAGUAGACCAUGUUUUUAGAGAAGUGAAAGAUGCUGCAAAAUUGUAUAAGAAGGAAAGAUGGUUGUCUCUGCCAUCUCAGUCUGAACAGGCCGUGAUGUCCCUGUCCAGCUCAGCCUGCCCGCUCUUGCUGACCUUACGGGACCGUCUGCUUCAGCUGGAGCAGCAGCUUUGUUUUUCCUUAUUCAAAAUUUUCUGGCAAAUGCUUGUAGAAAAGUUGGAUACCUACAUCUAUCAGGAGAUAAUCCUUGCCAAUCACUUCAACGAAGGAGGAGCAGCCCAGCUGCAGUUUGAUAUGACGAGGAAUCUUUUCCCUCUGUUUUCUCACUAUUGCAAGAGACCGGAAAACUAUUUUAAACAUGUAAAAGAAGCCUGCAUCGUUCUGAAUCUGAAUAUCGGUUCUGCAUUACUCCUGAAAGAUGUUCUGCAGUCGGCUUCCGAGCACCUUCCUGCCACAGCAGCCUUAAAUGAGGUUGGAAUUUACAAACUGGCUCAGCAAGAUGUUGAGAUUCUGCUUAACCUGAGGACAAACUGGCCUAACACUGGAAAAUAAUGUAUCUUUGAGAAAAAAGGUGGUUUAACAAAGACGACAGUUGGAUUGAAGUUGUCUGAUAAAGUUCUGAAUUAAUGAAACUGGACAACUGAAAGCUUGGUAGAAGCAUUUCUUAUCGUAACCAUAUUUCCUCUGUCUUCCUGUUUCUAAGAAAACAAAGAGCAGAAAACUCAGCUGUGAGAAGCAGAGAAUUGCAAUACAAACAGGAAUGCAAACAUCUGAGACAGUGCCAGAGCAAAGGUCAGCCAUAUUUGACCUCCAUUGUGCUGAUCAAGGGGACCUGUUGGAGAAAGCUGAAUGCAGCCAAUACAUUAUAGAAAUACUCACUUAUGGAUAUAGGUUUGGUAAUUGAGGCUCCUGUAUCCAGUUUGGGAAUUCAUAUGUUUAUAUUAAAAAUACGCUGAGCUGGGAGUGGUGGAGGACACCUAUAAUCCCAGCACUCUGAAGGCUGAGACAGGAGGAUCACUUCGGGUUCAAGACUCUCCUGCACAAUAUAGUGAGAUCCUGUCUGUCCCACCAGAACAAAAUGAAACAAAACAAAACAAAAAACCCCAAACCACCCCACAACAGUUUUAUGAGAUGGUGGUUAAGCCGUGGUUGUUCUUACUAUUCUAUUCUCAUGUCUGUCCCUCCUGUCUUCCCAUCUAAAGUGUAUCCUAGUUGUAUUUGUAUGUACUCAUGUGCAGACAUGUGUGCAUAUUUGUGCUAUAUGAGUGUGUGUGUGCCUGUGGAGGGUAGAGGUGAAUCUUGGGUAUUGUUUCUUAAGAUGUCCACCUUGUUUUAGAGACAGAAUCUCUAACUGGGGCUUUGGGCAAGCCCAGGGCUCUUUCUGUCCCUGUGUCCCAUAGACAGGUCUGACAAGUGUACCAUCACGUCAGACUUUUCACAUGGUUCUAGGGAGAGAACUCUGUGCUUGCAUGUCAAUGACAAGUACUUUACCACUGAGCAACUCCCCAGCCCUUCCUGAUUCCAUUUUUUGUGACAAUGGGCAUCUUUUUCUGGUUGAAACAUUUUAGAGGGCAGGUACCCCUUCACGUAUUUGCCUGCGGUAAUUUUUACAUAGUUGAUGAAGAUAAAAAUCCUUUGUGUAUGUGUGUCUAGGUGUGUACUGAGUACAUGCAAGAGGAGCCAGGAGUUGAUGUUCGGUGCCUUCCUCUGCUGCUUUGCAUCUUGGUCUCAUUGUCAGCUAGACUGUCUGGCCAGUGAGCGCUGGGGAACCACCUGACCUUCCCAGUGCUGACCUUACAGAUGUGUGAUUGUGCCCCGCUGUUACAUGGGAGCUGGGAGUUUAAACUCAGGUCCUUGCCGGCUGAGACAUCUCCCUGACCUGAGUCAAAAAAUUCUCUCUCUCUCUCUCUCUCUCUCUCUCUCUCUCUCUCUUCCUUUUAACAGUCCUUGGUCUUGGGCUGUGUGAAGUGAGGGUUUUGCGUGCGUGGUACUGGAGCUCAAACUUGGAGCCUUGCUCCUGGGAGGCAAGGGCUCCUCCAACAUCCCCAGCCCAAGCAGUGAUCCCUUGAUGAACAGACCUCCGAGAGGAAGGCUUUUACACAAAUUGAGCUUAAUUAGCUGGAAGAGUUAUACAACUAUAAAGGUCUCUUUUCCCCCCUGACAUGGCAUUUAUUUAGUGCUGUCAGUGCUGUAACGACUCAAUCUAAAAUUGCCGGGUAGGGGCUGGAGAGAUGGCUCGGCCGUCAAGAAGCUGCUGUUCCAGAGGACCUGGACGCAGUUGUAGUACCCAGCACGUGUGGCUGCUCACAACAGAGGUACACAGUGCAGCAGCAACCCCACACGCACCUGCACACACACACGCACACACGAGAAAAGGAAGUAGCACCUACAUUCAAUGAUAUUGAUACUUCAAAAUCAUACCAUGGUAAUACAGGUUUAAAAAGCGUACACUUCAUCCCUGAAUUUAUCCAAAAUUAUUAAAUGUCCAUUCAUCGUUCAAAACUUCAUCUGUAGUACACAGACCCAAGUUUUUUAGAGCUGCAAAAGUGAGCAUGAGAAGAACUGAAAAUUUGAGAAGUAGAAUUGUUUUCAGGCAGAGGAAGUUGUGGCGCGGUUUACUCGGGUUGUAGGUCACACUGACUAUCUUUUUACUGCACAAAUGAAAUGCAGCCUGUGCUGGAAGAGACCAUGCCCUCAAACACCAGCACAGGGCUGUCCAUAGAGAAAGGAAGGCAUCCGUUAACUUUGCGAUUCUCAGCUAUUCCAAAAGAGAUUAAAUACUCUUGGUUUUUCUGCAAAUAAAUAGUUGAGAUUCAUCUUAUGUGAAAUUAACCUGUGUCACAAUUAGACACAGUCACGUAAAUGCCUGUUCAGGGUGCUGAGCCAGCCCUCAGGGUGCAGGCCUUGCCACCUGGAACUCCCAGCACAGCAGAGGGCACUUGAGGAACUGAGCAGAGCACUGCUCUGCCGCAGGUGACUGAUGCCACGGUGCAGGCUGGACCACCGCGUUUUUGUUUUCUUAAACUCCCCAGAUAACCUAAUUUGCAGACAGAGAUGGAAACCAGGAAGACAGGGCAGCACGGUGCAGGAAGAAGCUGCCCAGCUAAGUUAGGAAACAGAGUCCUAGGCCAGUGCAGCUUCCGACACAGAAGCAGCGCUCUAGGUCAAAAGGCUCUUCAGUUACUGAAAUGAUUUUAAAAAUCCAGUCUACAGAAAUAAUGUGACAGUCAUGUCGGACAUGGUAUAAAAAGCCAGACAUGAUGGAGCAGCUCAGAUGGCAAGUGCCGCUAUCACUGUUUUAUUCUUUGACUACCUACAUUUUCAUGCCUACAUUUAAAAAAAUAAUUUUUAAGUUAUUGAAGGGAAUUAGAAAAAAAUUAAAGGAUACUGGGGCAGCUGACUCAGCAUUUAAUAGCACUUGUUCUUGCAAGAAUCCAAGUUCUGUUCCCAGCACCCACCUCAAGUGGCUCAUAACCUAGAACUCUAGUUGCAGGGGAUUUGAAGGCCUCUUAAAGUGCUCUUUAGGCACUUGCACACAUAAGACAUAUUCUCUGGUGGACGCAUCACCAAGUUCAGCUGCUUCAAUUUGUGACCAAUCUUAUUUCACUAUAGUCUCAUCUACAUGCCCUUUUCUCUGUCCAUACUUACUUUAUUUGUUUGUUUGUUUACUUUGAGACAGAGUUUGUGAAAUGGAUGGCCUGGGCCUGAUCCCAGGACUUGUACAGCAGAGAAUGGACUCAGGUUGCCCUCUGACCUUCACACGCUUGGCAUACAUGUAUGCAUUGAAUAAAUGAAUGAACACAUACUCUAAAAAUAAAGCAAGACAAACAAAAUUAGAAAGCUACUUAUACUUCAGUUUACCCCCAGCAAAACACCUCACUCUCCUUCUGAAACUGGGAAAGAAAUCUUAGGAAGUAACCAGGCUCCUGAGGGACUCCCUCACAGCCCAGUGCCCUCAGGCAGCCUGUCUGGCCUGUACUCUGUUUGCUUCUGAAUAAAACCAUUAGCUACUUUC